AUUGCUAGUAUUCUUCCUAAUACUGCUCAUAGGUUGUGCAUGUGGCACAUCAUGAAAAAGUUACCAGAGAAAAUUGGUCCUCAUCUAUUAGAGGAUGAAGAGUUCUUGAAAAGGGUGAACUCAUGUGUAUGGGGCUCAGAGACAAUAGAAGAGUUUGAAAGUCAAUGGAUUGCCAUUAUAUCCGAUUACCAUUUGGAGAACAAUGAAUGGUUGCAGGGAAGGUAUCGCAUCCGUGAGUCAUGGAUCCCGGCAUAUUUUAAGAAUAUAUGGCUUGCAGGUAUUCUUCGGACAACGUCACGAUCAGAAAGUGCAAAUUCCUUUUUCAAUCGUUUCAUUGGUCGAAAGCUUGCCUUUGUAGAGUUUUGGCUACGAUUCGAUACAGCUCUACAAUGUCAGCGGCAGGAAGAAUUGAUUCAUGAUAACACUACCCUGCAUACGAACCCUACUCUAUUUACAACAUGGGAAAUAGAGAAACAUGGUGGUUUUGUUUUCACACAUGAGGUUUUUAAAAAAUUUCAAGAAGAGGUGCUAGCUGCAAGAGAGCACUGUGACGUCCAGACAACAACUGAAUUAGAGGACAGAACAAUUGUUACAAUGACCGACAACUAUAUGAGAGUCAGAGAGGUAAUUUGCUUCACAACCGACCAGGCAUAUAAGUGCUCGUGCAUGCUUUUUGAGUCCAUAGGAAUUCCAUGCCGUCAUAUAAUACGGAUGUUCAGAAGUGCAAAAGUAAAUGAACUUCCAGUGUACUACAUCACAAAAAGAUGGAUGAAAACUUGUAAAAGGGAUAAUGCAUAUGACAACGAAGGCAAUUUAUUAGUGGAGAAGGCCACUAGUUCUGUGGAUGCAUCUAUGAGAAGGAAGAUGUCAAAUGCACACAAUAAAUUUGAAGAUAUUUUCCGAAUGGCCAAGACAUCUCCAGAAGGCAUGGAUACCUUGAUAGAAAAAUUGGAUUCUUUAUCCUUGUUGUUCCAGCCUAAUACUCGAACCAGACAAGAAGAACAAGAAAAUUUUAUUGGUUGUACCAUCCCAGACGACGUACAAGUCCACCCACCUAACGACAUUCGGUCGAAGGGGAAGUGCAAGAGAAUAUUGGGACAUGCAGAUAAAAAUAAAAGGAGUAAAUAUACAGGUCCACGCAAAUGCACAACAUGCAAAAAUGUUGGGCAUGAUAGGCGCAAUUGCCCAAACAAAGGGAGCUGAUGCAGCGGCUCAAAC